GUACCCUCCAGGCUCAAAAUCCCCAGAGGCAAGGGCAGACUGUAGGAAGGUGAUUCAUAUUACAAACCAGUGUCUCCGAAGGACUGGCAGGGCUCUGGGAAGAACGAACCGGAUCCUCGUCCCUUCCCUUCCUCCCCAGCGCUCUCAGGGUGGUUACGGCUGCAGCCGCACUCUGGAUGGAUUUCAUUGCUGGGGCCAUUGGAGGUGGUCUAAGCACAGCCGUGGGUUAUCCACUGGACACAGUAAAGGUGAGAAUUCAGACUGAGAACCACUACAGAGGAUUUUGGCACUGUGUUCAGGAAACAUACAGGACAGAAAAGGUCCGGGGGUUUUACAAAGGUGUGACUGCAUCAGUCCUCGCUGUAUCAGCGGUUUCCUCAGUUUCCUUUGGCACGUACAAAAACUCCCUCGGUGCCCUCUGCAAGCUGCGCUACGGGGCUGCAGAUGCCAAGCCUUCCGAGCUGGAUGUUUCUCUUGCUGGAGCUGCUGCCGGCGCUGCCCGGGUUGUGUUGACAAACCCUAGCGAAGUGGCUAAAGUUCGGAUGCAGACUCAGAGGAACCCAUGCCCUUCCACCACACAUCAGACUGGUUCCAAGCCAAAGUACCGAGGGUCUCUGCACUGUCUGAAGGUUAUCAUCAAGGAGGAAGGUUUUGCGGGUCUCUACAAGGGCUGUUCUGCAUUACUCUGCAGGGAUUGCUCUGCUUCUGCAAUAUAUUUCCUUUCCUACUCUGCUCUGUGCGAUUGGCUCACACCAGAUGGGAGAAAUAAACCAGGUUUCCUUGUUGUGCUGCUUUCUGGUGGUUUUGCUGGAGUCCUGGCCUGGGGAUUAGCUACUCCCAUGGAUGUCAUCAAAUCACGCAUGCAAAUAGAUGAAUCGGAGCAGCACAAAUACAAAGGCCUGAUCCACUGUGUGAGGGAAAGUGUGAGAAAGGAGGGGGCAAAAGUGCUUUUCAAAGGACUGGGUUUAAAUUGCAUUCGUGCCUUUCCUGUAAACAUGGUAGUGUUUGUAACAUAUGAAGGUGUACUGAGAUUCACAGAUCAUUAUAUAAACAAAAAAUAGCUUGUUCCA